CAAAAAACAAGGUAAAGUGUGGAUUGUAAAACAACAACAAAAAACAAACAAACAAAAAAAGCUACCACAAUGCCCUGGAAAUGUGUAAAAAUGGACAUACCAGUGAUUUUUAACCCAUUAGCAAAGGAUGAUUUAUUCCCUUAUAAUUUGUUUAUUUACCAUUUUUCUAGUUUUUUUUGUUCUUGUGAAAAAAAAAGAAAACAUUUCAGAGGAAAAAAAAAAAAAACUAAAGCAAAUGCCCCAGUUGAAUAGUUGGUCUGUAGACAAUGUGUUAGUGCAUACUGCCACCUGCUGACAAAGAUAGGCAAAUGCAUCUGAAUAACGCUUCCAACAUUUAACCCAUUAAGUGCCAUUGUUCUCAUUUGAGAACAGUCUACUUUGUAAUUUUGUGGAACAUUUUUAACUUGUUUAACUGGAACACAUCUAACGCGACUGUCCUCAAAACAGGACUCUGGGAAUAUAUGUUGUAAAUAUGUCUGUCAGUUCACAUUUCUAAUAGAUUGAAAGCUUUUAGAAUUUGCUGCACAGCCAGUAGGCUAUGUCACAAGCUGCAGAUUGACAGAAACUUUUGUUUGGUGCUGAAUGGGUUCAUAGUUUUACUUUGUCUCUGCAUCACUCGGAGGCUGUAGAUUCUGUCACUCCAAUACUGAAGUAUCACUUUGCUGUAAAUAUGCCUGAACCUGCUUUGAGCUUGUCUGGAUAAGUGCUGGGUCUCAGCAACCUUCUUCAUGCUGUUUAUAUCAUGUGACAACCUUUCAACUCUCCCAGCCCCACCUACCCUGCACACUCGUCAUCGUGAUCCUCUGCCUACCUCUCUGCACCAACUGUGUGAAAUACGAAAAGCAUGAUAGCUUGUACUACCCUAGGCUGAAUAAAUCUCUGUAUGCAAGCCGUGCUUUCAAUUAGUGUUGCACUUCCUUGGUCACCUGGAGGGUGAAACUGUCCCAUCUCUUCAAUGACUUCUUUCCUUCCAUUAACCAGCCAGCUGCCUCCCCUAUUGCCUGACACACUUUCAGCCAGAGGACACUGUUAAGCUUAAAUGAUCCAGAAAGUGCAAGUGAAGCAGAUAUCCUGGAAUUAGGGCAUAGAAACCAACUCUAUAGUAACAGAUAUCCUGUUUUAAAUUAAAUUUACUUUAACAAGCUUGUGUGGCUAAUGGCAGUGCAAUACAGGCAUUGGGAUUGAUUCAACAUGUAAAUAAUAGAAUGACAUGUCCAGUCCCAUAGCCUCACAUCAUGCAGCUCGCAGGCCUGCACCUCUGCCUCUCUCUCCUGGAGGUCGCCUCUGCAUUUAGGAUCUGUGCCUUCAACGUGCAGGCCUUCGGGGACUCCAAGGCAAGCGACCAGGGCGUCACAGAGGUCCUGGUGAGGAUCUUGUCACGCUGUGAUGUGUGUCUGAUUCAGGAGGUGCGUGAUUCAAAGGGAAGGGCUGUGCCAGCGCUGGUAAACAAUCUGAACAGGUUUGAUAGGAAUCACAACUACAAGUUUGUUGCAAGUGGUCGUCUAGGAAGAGGUUCUUACCUGGAGCAAUAUGUGUUCAUAUACAGGUCUGAUGUAGUUGAUGUUCGAGACCAGUACCAGUAUCCUGACACUCAGAAGGAUGACCCUGAUGCUUUCUCCAGAGAACCCUUCAUUGUGCACUUCCAUUCCCCACACACAGAACUACAGGACCUGGUCCUUGUGCCCCAGCAUACCACACCAAAGAAUGCAACAAGGGAGAUAGAUGAGCUGUAUGACGUCUUUCUGGAGAUCAGACGCCUAUGGAGAAUUCAGGAUGUUAUGUUCCUGGGUGAUUUUAACGCAGCUUGCGGAUAUGUGCCCAAGAAAGACUGGCCUAAAAUCCGUCUGCGCAGCAACCCGGAAUUCCACUGGCUAAUCGGGGACAAAACUGACACAACAGUGCGCGACAACACAGUCUGCGCUUACGACAGAAUCGUGGUGCAUGGUGAUGCUUUCCUUAGUGCCAUUGUUCCGCAGUCUGCCAAACCAUUCGACUUCCCCAGAGAAUUCAGACUCACAGAGGAACAGGCCCUGGUUAUUAGUGACCACUAUCCGGUCGAGGUGGAGCUGAGGCUCUCCUCUUCUGGGCAGCAGGAAGAGCAUGUCCACCAUUAUCUCAUUGGCAUUGCUGUGGCUGUACUGUUACUAUCCGUGAUGUGCGGACCCAACGGCUGGUCUGGAUUCUAACCAUUUCAUUAUCAUACUCGUGUGUACUGUAAGUCACAAUGAUGGUGUCUCCAGCCUUCACACCGAAUGAUUGGAUGGGGGUGGGGGUGCAGUCAUAGCCUCCUUUACCCCACCCUGACCCCGUGCUUACUACAUAUCUUCCCUGAAUAGAUCAUUCCUCUUUAAAUAUAUGAACAAGAUUUGAAUUAUAAAUGUGUCCCUCAAGUGCAGUAGUAUACUCUUAUUAUCAAUGUGCUACCAAUGCAGAAUGACUUUGUGGGACAGUUGUUCUUCAUACAGUAUUAACACAAAACAUGGUUCUGCAGUGGUGCCUGCUGGCACAGGUACAGAAUUCAAUGUGGUGUCAUUCUUGGCUGACCGCAUUAUAGAACAAUUAUCAUUCAGCAUUCUAAAUAUCUUUUGCAUAUAAUUAAAAAGGACAGUUAUCUAUUCAAGGAUUCCAAGAUAUUUAGUGAUCAAGGGGUCUGAGGGGGAACAACUAGGCAAUAAAAGCCCACCACUAGUCGUUACAUACCUCCAAAUAAUAAUAAUAAAAAAAUAUCUUAUUUCUGGGUGCUGGUGAACUGGCGAGGUGAUCGUUAACACACGUAAUGAGAUGAUUGACUGUUCAGGUAAGUAAGGGGGGUGUGGGAUCAAAGGGGCGCCAACUCCCCCCUCCCACAGCCCACUGUUUGGUUUCAAGGCUGUUCACACCACUGGGAUAUAUAUAUAUAUAUAUAUAUAUCUAUAUAUAUAUAUAUAU